GCAUCCCAUUUUUGUCACUGCACGUGUGUUUUGACAUUGUUUACAUUUUUUUCUUUUAAACAAGUGCGGUUUUUUAUUUGUUUGCUAAUUUAUAAAAAAUUUAAUAGAAAUUAAACAAAAUUUUAAAUAAAAAUGAAGUUUUCCUAUAAAUUUUCCAAUUUAUUGGGCACCAUAUAUCGCAAUGGUAAUUUGCUUUUUACACCCGAUGGAAAUUCCAUAAUAAGUGCCGUGGGCAAUAGAUUAACUUUAUAUGAUCUGAAAAACAACAAAGCCUCUACCCUGUCCUUGGAGUCAUUGUAUAAUUACCAAAGUUUGGCCUUGUCUCCCGAUGGCAGUUUGUUGUUGGCGGUUAAUGAACGUGGUCAGGCUCAACUAAUAAGUAUGGUGUCUUGUACCGUCAUACAUCAGCAUAAAUUCCAACAUGCCGUCCAGUGUGUGGCCUUUAGUCCCAAUGGUGCACAUUUUGCUGUGGCUAUGCAAAAUUUGAUAUUUAUUUUUAAAGCUCCUGGUGAGAUAACCGGUGAAUAUAAUCCUUUUGUUUUGGAACGUCACUAUUUGGGUGGUUAUGAUGAUGUUACCUGCCUCGAUUGGUCUUCAGACUCACGUUUCCUUAUAGUAGGCUGUCGUGAUAAUUCAUCCAAAGUUAUAGCCAUAAAACAUAUGAAUAAAUUCCGCACUUACAUUCUGGGAGGUCAUACAGAUGCAAUGGUGGCUUGUUUCUUUGAAAAUAAUAGUUUACAUGCCAAUACCAUAAGUCGUAACGGUCAAUUGUGUUUGUGGGAAUGUAGUUUGGAACCUUCUGACAUAGAAGAAAGAACGCGUUAUGAACACAAGGAUGGACAACAAUUAUCCUUGCAAAAGAAAAGAACUAAACCCUCAGGCACUGAAUCAGCUGAAGAAUCUGAAGAUGAUGUAGAAAAUACAGUGGAAAAACGUAAUAGUAACAUGACCGGUGAAGACAAUUUACCAGAAAAUAUGGUGGAUGAGAAUGACAUUAAGGAUGAAGAUGUUAAGAAAGGACAUCCGUUUUACUAUAAAAAAUUGGCCCGUCACUACUUGGCCGAUGAGCCACGUAAAGAACACCGUGAUGCUGUUUUGACUACCGCUCAUUAUAAUCGUCAAACCAAGGUUUUGGUGGUGGGCUUUAGCACUGGCUCUUUUUAUCUCUACGAAUUGCCCGAGGUUAAUAUGAUACAUUCUUUAAGUAUAUCGGAUUAUGCCAUUUCCUCGGCUUUGUUUAACAACACUGGCGAUUGGGUGGCCUUGGCUUCUAGGGAAAUGGGUCAGUUGUUAGUUUGGGAAUGGCAGUCAGAGCAAUAUAUCAUGAAACAGCAGGGUCAUAGCAGAGAAAUGGCUUGUGUAGCCUAUUCUCCCGACGGCCAGUAUAUAGCAACCGGAGGCGAGGAUUCUAAAGUAAAAUUAUGGAAUACCCAAAGUGGUUUCUGUUUUGUUACAUUCUCCGAACACACCAGCGGUGUGACAGGUGUACAAUUCAGUCGUGGUAAAAAGUUUUUGGUCAGUUGUUCUUUGGAUGGUACUGUUAGGGCUUUUGAUAUAAUACGUUACCGUAACUUCCGUACCUUUACCUCUCCCACCCCUGUACAAUUUUCCUGUGUGGCCAUGGACUACUCGGAUGAAUUAGUGGUGGCUGGCGGUUUAGAUGUUUUUGAGUUGUAUUUAUGGUCUGUUAAAUUGGGUACUUUAUUGGAGGUAAUAAGUGGCCAUGAGGGUCCUAUUUCUUCCAUUGCCUUUGCUCCUGUAGCUUCUUCUUCAACUUUGGUUUCCGGCUCUUGGGAUAAAACCAUUAAAAUCUGGAAUUGUUUGGAAAAUAAAUCGGAACAUGAAACUAUUGAUUUACUGUCUGAUGUUACCUGUGUGGCUUUUAGUCCUAAUGGAGAAAAUGUGGCUGUGGCUACUUUAAAUAGCAAUAUUGUAGUAUUCGAUGUUAAAACUGCCUCACAGAUAAGCACUAUAGAGGGACGCAAUGAUUUGGAUAGUGGUCGUUUGGAUACGGAUGUUAUCACCGCCAAAAAGAAUAAAUUGGGAAAAUACUUUUCAUCUUUGGAAUACUCCGCAGAUGGUGAAUGCAUAUUGGCUGGUGGCAAAUCCCAUGUAAUUUGUAUAUAUCACGUUAAGGAAGCCAUGCUUUUGAAAAAAUUCCAAAUAACACAAAAUCUUAGUUUUGAUGGUUUGAAUGAAUUUAUAAAUCGCCGCAAUUUAACUGAGUUUGGCAAUAUGGCUCUGGUUGAACAAAGAGAAGAGCUAGAGGGUGGUAAUGUGGCCAUACGUUUACCGGGCGUACAAAAAGGCGACAUGGCAGCGCGUAAUUUUAAGCCAGAAGUUAAAGUAUUUUCAGUGAAAUUUUCACCCACAGGUCAAGCCUUUGCCGCCGCCUGUACAGAGGGUUUGUGUAUAUACACUUUGGAUAAGGGAGUUGUAUUUGAUCCCUUCGAUUUGUCUUUGGAGGUCACACCCAAAGCUAUUAAGGAGUCUUUAAAGGCUAAAAACUAUUCUAAAGCUUUAAUAAUGGCUUUGAAAUUAAAUGAAAAUAAUUUAAUAACUUUGGCCAUAGAAUCAAUACCCUAUCAAGACAUUAAACUUAUCUGUUCUACCCUGCCCAAUCAAUAUGCCCAUCGUUUGUUGCAAAUAUUGGCUAAACUUUUACAGACCUCUCCACAUGUAGAAUUCUAUUUGCAAUGGUGUUGCUGUCUAUUAUUCAGUCAUGGCAAUAAAGAUGGUGUUUUCCAACAUACUUCCCUGUUAGCUUUACAUGAAUCUAUUUCUAGGAAAUAUGAAAGUCUUAAUAGAAUCUGUGAUUUUAAUAAAUUCACCAUACGUUCUCUAUUGAAAACGGCGCAUACUAGAAAUACACAAAAUAAAGAUAAACUUGAUCAGUUAAAAUCUACUAAAGACCAUAAUGAUAACGACGAUGAUGAUGAAGUAGAGGAGGAGGAGGAUGAUGAGGAUAUGUUGCUUAUAAAGACUUCGACAAAAGAAACAGAUGAAUUUGCUGAAGAGAGCGAGGAGGAGGAAAGUAGUGAGGAUGACGUUGAGAGUGACUAAAUAUGUUGUAUAAAUUUAAGUUUAAAUUUUCUACCGGCCAGUAAUAAAGUUGAAGAAAACCAAAUACAAAAUUUUAAAACAAA